GUUGGCAACACUGUUAAUGUAAAUGGUUCAUUUUUCGCUGCGACAAUCCUACUGUGACAAAAUCUGCAAAAUUAAAUUCAUUUUGAUAUCCAGAGAUAUUGUUGAAAUAAAUAACUAUCAAAAGAAAUGGAAUCACAAUAUGCACCGUUGAGCGAGAGCUGUGCCAAAGCCCUGGCGGACAAGGCCUAUGAAAAACGUAAAGUUGCUUCACAGGAAAUUGAAAAAAUGGUGACAGAAUUUAACUCGAAAAAUAAUACGGUGCAGAUACGAAAGCUUAUAGAUGUACUUUCUAAUCAAUUUGCAAUAUCACGAGAUCCCAAUCGACGCAAAGGGGGCUUAAUAGGACUUGCCGCAACAAGUCUGGGGUUGGGGAAGGAUUCCGAACGAUAUGUAGGGGAGCUGGUUACGCCAAUUUUGAACUGUCUAAGUGACCCAGAUGUUCGAGUUCGCUACUUCGCAUGUGAAUCAUUAUACAAUGUUGUUAAGGUAGCAAGAGCCGCUAUCAUACCAUUUUUCCCAGACUUAUUCUCGGCAUUAUCACGAUUAGUGACGGAUCCAGAUCAAAUGGUAAAAGAUGGCAGUGAGUUGCUCGAUCGGUUGUUAAAGGAUAUCGUAACUGAGUCUUCACAAAUUUUCAAUCUAGAGGCGUUUAUACCACUUCUCAAGGAACGCAUUUAUGUAAAUAACUCAUUUGCAAGGCAAUAUGUUAUAUCAUGGAUUUCGAUUUUAAACGCAGUUCCUGAAAUAAAUAUGUUGAUAUAUUUAACCGACAUUUUGGAUGGACUUUUUACAAUGCUAGAGGACAACACUACAGAAAUUCAACGAAUGUGUGAAACCACUUUAAGCCAAUUUUUAAAAUCGAUCCGACAUGAUGCUUCUUCAGUGCGAAUGGAGGACACAAUAAACAUACUCAUUAUUCAUGCUCAAUCUACUAAUGAACUUAUUAAGUCAAUCGCUAUAACGUGGAUACGUGAAUUUGUACAAAUAUUUGGACCAAAUGUUUUGCCGCAUGCCAGUGGAAUAUUUACUGCGAUUUUACCUUGCCUAGAAUACAACGUAGAAUCUAAAAAAAAUAUCAAGGAAUGCGCAGUGUCGGUGAAUACGUCGAUUAUGUCAUUGAUUUCAUCAAAAGAACACAAACCGCAAAAUAUUGACAAAAUAGAUUUACGUUCGGUUAUGGAAGUAUUGUCGCAGUAUUUAACACAUAAUUCAGUGCACACCAAAAUUGCAGUGCUGAAAUGGAUUCAUCAUCUAUUUACACAGUUCCCCAACGAGAUGUCACCACAUGCUAGCAAUUUAGGUGCUAACUUACUGGGCAUUCUAUCAGAUAAUUCCGAUGAAGUCGUAUUGCAAUGUCUAUCCGUUUUAGCCAUAAUUUUAAAUUCAACCGAUAAAGAAGAUUCCAGAGACUUUAAUAAAGCGCAUUAUCGCAAAUUCCUUUUAAGUUUGCUCAACUUGUUUGGCGAGGAAAAGAAGUUUUUGGACAAUCGUGCCAGCCUUAUAAUUCGACAAUUGUGCGUACUGCUAAAUGCGGAGUAUAUCUAUCGCACCUUUUCCGAAAUCAUUGAUGAAGAAGUUAUUAAAUUUGCAUCGACAAUGGUCCGUCUGCUCAACAUGAUACUCUUGACAUCGCCCGAAUUAUUUGAAUUGCGCAAUACCCUACGAAACAUUACAAAUGAACAUUCCGCGAAUUUAUUUAAAUGUCUUUAUAAAAGUUGGGCGCAUUGUCCGGUCUCCACACUAUCACUUUGUUUAUUAACCCAAAGUUAUCAACAUGUGUCGCAGCUGGUAGUAUUGUUCGGUGAUGUAGAGAUAACGUUGGAUCUAUUGAAUGAAUUAGACAAACUGGUACAGCUGAUAGAAUCACCAAUUUUUGCGCCAUUGCGUCUCACCCUGGUUUCAAAAGCAAAUAAUUGUGCAGAUGCUCAACACUUGGCGCAUGCCCUUUUUGGCAUUCUUAUGCUUUUGCCGCAAACCGAUGCUUUCAACUUAUUGAAAAACCGUUUACAAUGUGUACCAAACUAUUGGGGCCAAACGCCAAUAAAUGAAAAUAAAUCGCUGCAACAUCAAAGCAACAUUGACUUUGAAAUAUUGUUGGAACAUUUUAAAAAAGUCCAAAAAGCUAAACGGACACUACGAAUUCAACAAAGGAGAAAUAUUAUUUUACCCGAAGAAACCUAGGGCAAAGAAAUUGUCAAAAAUUCAAUCUGAAUAUUUCUGAAAUGUUUAUUUUCCGUCAUCGAUUAAGAGCAAAGAUGCCUAGUAUUUGAUUUACGUUAUUCUUCUGGAGAAUGCAACAACUACAUACAUUUAUUUGUAAAUUAUUCAAUAAUAUUUUAUUGAGACUCGUUAAAAGUCACUAGAGUAAUAUUUUAUUAAGAUUUAAAUAUGCAACGGCUAGAAAAAUAUACAAAAAUUGAUAUACAUAUAAAUAAGUGAAUUACUGAGAUCGACUUGGUUACUCCUGCAUAAAUAAACUAAUAGCCUUCAAAUCAUAUCAUAAACCUAUAGGAUUAUUCUACACUGAUAGUGAGAUCUCCAGCUAAUUUAUAUUACACGUAGUGUUUGGAUGAAGAUUUCCGACAUUUCAUUAGUUUAGACGUCCAGGAAAAUUUAAGUAAUGUGAACACAAAU